AUGAGUUCCUACAUCACUGGUUCCAACCUUCGCCCAUCGUUCUGUGGAUGACACCUUUCCUGGAUUUCAGUUCUUUCAAAGCGUUCCUGCCAGUGUCCUAAAUGGCCCUCGAAAGGGAAAAACGAGCACAGAGGGAAGCGCCAGACGGCGCCCCUGCGCAUGUGCAGUGACCCGAGGCGGAACCGGAGCGUGGGGAUUUCGCGCCUGCGCUCGGUUGGCUUGGUGCGGCUGUGCUGGGCGGCGGCGGGAGCAUGUCAGCCCCGUUUGAGGAGCGCAGUGGGGUGGUUCCGUGCGGGACGCCCUGGGGCCAGUGGUACCAGACCUUGGAGGAGGUGUUCAUUGAAGUGCAGGUGCCGCCAGGCACACGAGCCCAGGAUAUCCAGUGCGGUCUGCAGAGCCGGCACGUGGCCCUGGCCGUGGGCGGCCGCGAGAUCCUCAAGGGCAAACUCUUUGAUUCUACAAUAGCUGAUGAGGGAACCUGGACUUUGGAGGAUAGAAAAAUGGUUCGUAUCGUUCUUACAAAGACAAAGAGAGAUGCGGCAAAUUGUUGGACUUCUCUUCUAGAAUCUGAAUAUGCAGCUGAUCCUUGGGUACAAGACCAAAUGCAGAGAAAACUUACAUUAGAGAGAUUCCAGAAAGAAAAUCCCGGUUUUGACUUCAGUGGAGCAGAAAUCUCAGGAAACUACACUAAAGGUGGACCAGAUUUUUCAAACCUUGAGAAAUAAAUGCUGGUUUUUUUUUUUUUUUUUUUUUUUUUUUUGCUACAUUCUGUGGAUCCUAGCAGAUGUUGCCAACUGAAAGAAACAGAUGAUGUGCUAGAAGAAAAAUACGGAUGCUUACAGUUAAAUUGCAAAAUACAUUUAAAUAUGGUUUUAAAAAUUGCAUUUAAAUAUGAUUUACAUAGGAAAUGCAUAAUGGGAACUGUGGACAUAUGGUAAUUUUUUUGAACUUAUUUUUGCUCAGCAUGGAGUUUUAUAUGCUACAUUUUACCAGUUUCAUAUUUAAAUGCAUUUUUACUAUAAAAAACAUUGGGGUACAGAUCAUAUUAAAUGAAAGGGUGCCUUCAGGGAAAAUUAAUUUUUCUUUUGGUAAGUGUGAUGCAGGAAUAAUGUUCAAUAAACAUUUUCAGAAAGAGGAUCAUACGAUCUAAGUACACUAAUUCACUCAAGUACUGAAAAAAAAUUUUUAACAACAAAAAAUUCCAAAGAUAUUUUGGAUAGUAAUGUUAAGAGUAAAUGAAAAUUUCUUAAUGAGAACAUUAUGUCAAGAAAUUGAAAAAUAGUUAAAGGCUAAUUAUUAAUACAAAUGAGAAGUAUUAAUACAACAGAGAAGCAGCUAAGUUUUUAUGGUUAUUGGACUUGUCAUUUGUAGUGGCAGAUGCAAAUUUAGGUCACUGUUAAGCAGUGGCAUUAUUUUGAUUCAGAAAUAUAGAUAGGGAUUUUCGUUGUUUCUUGUUUUGUUUUUGGUAAUGGGGAUUGCACCCAGGGGUGUGCUCUACUGCUGAGCUGCAUCCACAGCAUUUUUUUUUUUCCCUCUAAGACACAGGGCCUCACUAAGUUGCCCUGCUGGCCUCAAACUUGUGAUCCUCCUGCCUCAGCCUUGGGAAUUACAGGUAUUACAGGUGUGUGCUACUGUCCCUGGCUAUAUAGGAAUUUUCUGUUGAGAUUUUCUUUCAUCCUGUGUGUUUUUUUUUUUUUAAAGGAUUCUCAAAUGUAUAGCAAAUUUAUAAGUAAAGUACACAGAAUUUAUUUCUUCCUGAGCCAUUUGUAAAUAAAUUGAAGAGAUGAUU